UUCUUAUCUGCGUCUAUCCUCUGUUCGGUGCCACAUCAUCAAGCCUUUUGAAACAUGGAUGAUUUCAAUAAUUCUUCAGUACGCGACCAGAAUAUGACCAGAUGUGAUCCAGUGGAAAAAGAAUCCCACCCUUUCCUAGCACUGGGCUACAGUCUGCUGUUUCUGGUGGGUUUGACCCUAAACUGCUUCACCUUGUGGUUUCACUGCCGUGGAGCUCAUGGACAAGUUUCCAAGAACUGGAUGAUCUACCUGAAACAUCUGACAGCUGCAGACUUUAUGCUCUGUCUGAGCCUCCCACUGCGUAUCAUCCACUACACCAGCACAUCGCUCACCAUUCAUAUGGUCUACUGCAGCUUUGGAACUACUCUAAUGAUCCUCAACAUGAAUGCCAGCGUCCUGUUUAUGGGCUACAUCGCAGCUAACAGGUACAUGAAGAUAUUUUAUUCUUCAGGAUCUCACUUCCUGAUGACUGCUAAAGCCAGCCACAUCAUCUCGAUCACCACCUGGGUUGUUCUAUUGACCACAACAACACCACUUAUCAUCCAGAUGCUUACCCUGACACCUUGUACUUCUGUUCAGAACACCUGUUAUCAUCUGAUACACAAACUUCGAAAACCAGAGCAAAUAGUGAUUUCUAUUUCUGUAAAUACUUUCAUCUUCCUGCUGGUGCUCUGCUCACUGGUCUUCUUCUACUACAGCACCUCCCGCAGGGUGCAGCAGAUCCAGCAGAGGCAGCUGGCCUCCUCCAACUCCAAGAAGCUUGUGAAGUCUCGUAGGAACAUGUUGGUGUUGGUCAGCGUCUUCUGCUUUUGCUUUGUUCCUUAUCACGUUAUUCGAAUUCCAGCCUACCUAUUGGGAGGACGAUGUUCAGUGGUUUGGUACUAUGUGAAGGAGGUGGCUGUGUUUAUAUCAGUGUUUAAUAUCUGUCUGGAUCCUCUUAUUUACGUUUUUCUUUGUGAGGACUUCAGGGCUCAGCUGAAACAACUAUUCAACUUGAAAGGCAAGAGGAACACCUCUCCUUUGGAGGCUGGACAUAGUAGGGAUCACCUGAACACCAAAAGCUCCCAGGUCCUGGAGGGCACAACAACGAGCACGGAAACCACCAGUCCAAUUAGUCUCUGAUUAGACACAAGACUGACUGUUUAUUUGAAAAUAGUACAUUCAAUGUAUUUAGGUAUUUAUUGUUCAAAUUACUGAUAGUAAGCAUCAUUACGCAUAACUCAGACUGCUUGGUAGUGGUGAUGUGAUUCCAAUAGACCAGUUCAUUGUUAUUGUUUUCAUCCGGGUUUUUCGCGCAUGCGCG